CGUGCCUCUGCCCGUCCGCUCUUCAGCAGCCGGCGGGGGCGGUGGAAAAGCGAGUGAGGAGAGCGCGACGGCGGCGGCGGCGGCGGCGGCGGCGGCGCAGCCAUCGCUGGACGGCCAGGGGGAGAGCGAGGCCCGAGCGUCUGCGUCGAGGGUUAAAAUGGUUUCAAUCCCAGAAUACUAUGAAGGCAAGAAUGUCCUCCUCACAGGAGCUACUGGUUUCCUAGGGAAAGUGCUUCUGGAAAAAUUGCUGAGGUCUUGUCCUAAAGUGAAUUCAGUGUAUGUUUUGGUGAGGCAGAAAGCUGGGCAGACACCACAAGAGCGAGUGGAAGAAGUCCUUAGUGGCAAGCUCUUUGACAGAUUGAGAGAUGAAAAUCCAGAUUUUAGAGAGAAAAUUAUAGCAAUCAACAGUGAACUCACCCAACCUAAACUGGCUCUUAGUGAAGAAGAUAAAGAGGUCAUCAUAGAUUCUACCAAUAUUAUAUUCCACUGUGCAGCUACAGUAAGGUUUAAUGAAAAUUUAAGAGAUGCUGUUCAGUUAAAUGUGAUUGCUACACGACAGCUUAUUCUCCUUGCACAGCAAAUGAAGAAUCUGGAAGUGUUCAUGCAUGUAUCAACAGCAUAUGCCUACUGCAAUCGAAAGCAUAUUGAUGAAGUAGUCUAUCCACCCCCUGUGGAUCCCAAGAAGCUGAUUGAUUCUUUAGAGUGGAUGGAUGAUGGCUUAGUAAAUGAUAUCACGCCAAAAUUGAUAGGAGACAGACCUAAUACAUACAUAUACACGAAAGCAUUGGCAGAAUACGUUAUACAGCAAGAAGGAGCAAAGCUAAAUGUGGCAAUUGUAAGGCCAUCAAUUGUUGGUGCGAGUUGGAAAGAACCUUUUCCAGGAUGGAUUGAUAACUUUAAUGGACCAAGUGGUCUCUUUAUUGCGGCAGGGAAAGGAAUUCUUCGAACAAUGCGUGCCUCCAACAAUGCCCUUGCAGAUCUUGUUCCUGUAGAUGUAGUUGUCAACACGAGUCUUGCGGCAGCCUGGUAUUCCGGAGUUAAUAGACCAAGAAACAUCAUGGUGUAUAAUUGCACAACAGGCAGCACUAAUCCUUUCCACUGGGGUGAAGUUGAAUACCAUGUAAUUUCCACUUUCAAGAGGAAUCCUCUCGAACAGGCCUUCAGACGGCCCAAUGUAAAUCUAACCUCCAAUCACCUUUUAUAUCAUUACUGGAUUGCUGUAAGCCAUAAGGCCCCAGCAUUCCUGUAUGAUAUCUACCUCAGGAUGACUGGAAGAAGCCCAAGGAUGAUGAAAACAAUAACUCGUCUUCACAAAGCUAUGGUGUUUCUUGAAUAUUUCACAAGUAAUUCUUGGGUUUGGAAUACUGAUAAUGUCAAUAUGUUAAUGAAUCAAUUAAACCCUGAAGAUAAAAAGACCUUCAAUAUUGAUGUACGACAGUUACACUGGGCAGAAUAUAUAGAGAACUACUGUAUGGGAACUAAGAAAUAUGUAUUGAAUGAAGAAAUGUCUGGCCUCCCAGCAGCUAGAAAACAUCUGAACAAGUUGCGGAACAUACGUUAUGGUUUUAAUACUAUCCUUGUGAUCCUCAUCUGGCGCAUUUUUAUUGCGAGGUCGCAAAUGGCAAGAAACAUCUGGUACUUUGUGGUUAGUCUGUGUUACAAGUUUCUGUCAUACUUCCGAGCAUCCAGCACUAUGAGAUACUGAAGACCAAGAAUUUAGCAUUAGAACAUCUAUGCAUACGGUGGUCUAAAUGCACAAAAUGUAAAAUGUACUUAAGUCAUCUCACCUUUUGUCAAGACAUUAAACCAUCUUAGAUCGGAGUGUGGAGUAAAUUAUGGUACAUUUUGUGUAACAUUUUAAUGUUUAUGCUCAUAAAACCUAGUGAAUACACUGUGGUAUGCCAGCUCAAAUCUAUAAUAGCCACCAAAACCAUGACUUAACAUUUUGAUCCCUGGACAAAAAGGGUGGGGUGAGGGCAGGGGUGGGUAAAUAGGAAUACUGACCAGUAUAACUGUGCAAUUCUGGAACAUAUUAAUUAAAAUAUGCCUUAACAUAUAGUGAAUUUCUAAUUCUAAUAUUCAGUGCAAUGGAAAGCAUUUAUUUGGAUGGGAGUGCUAGCUAAGUUGGUAAAUAUUUGAUUCUUCAGUGUUUGAUUUUUUUUCAUCAGUUGAAGUGGGUUUUAAUCUUGUUCGAAUUAUAACCACACUAUUUUCACAUCAUCCUGUAAGCUAUUUAUUGAGUGAUAUCAAACAUGAAAGACAUGUUCUUAUUUUCCUUUUUCUGAUUAAAUGUCUGAUGCAUAUCAUUUUUCUAUAAGCAACCAGUUGCUUUUAUAAUCAGAAGGCUAUAUAUUAUUCUAAAGACCCUGCUGGUUCUAAAUGGGUUUGAGAAUCCAUAUCAACAUAUGCUGUGUGCUUUUUGAAGGAAAAGUGAAAAUAAAUUUAAUAAAACUGUUAGUAUCAAAAAGAAUAGGAAUACAUCUUUCUUGUCCACAGUAUGAUCAAAUAAAAAUCAAUCCUGAGAGAUUGUGUUCAUGUUUUGGUGCAGGAGGGUCUCUUGAGACUUUGUUGGAGGUGGGAGUGGGGAGUGAUUCACCCUGCUUGUGUUCUCCUCCCUUUAUAAAUUUUAUUCAUAGGACUUUUUAAAAGGGUUGGACUAUCUUUCCUGAAAACUGAAAGUGCAUUAUAAUGGCAGAAUGUAUUUGCAGGUAGUAGUAACAUUAAGAAAAUAUCCUUGUGUGUAAACACAUACUAAUUUUGACCUUGAAAGCUGAAUUCCUUCAAGAACAAUAAAAUAAUGCAUAAGAUAGUAUGUAUAAAAUUAAAUAAAGGACUUUAUUUACAUACCACAUAAAGUAGCAAACUGUUGAAUGAGUUUGAAGAUAUCAUUUAUUUUUUUCUGCAUGUAGUUUUAGCUUUAGAAAGAAAUGCAUUAUAGAAACAAGUAAUAGCAAGAAAAUUGAUGUAUACUUUAAUGAUACAUUAUAAUCCCUUUAAAUCUUAAUAGUAGUUAAAUCUACUUACUGUUUUAACAUGCAUUUGGUUUAACAGAUUGUUCAGCAUAACACUGUUCUAAUUAAGCUGAUCAAGUUGUACUGUAUUUAAAUCAUUAGUAAUGUAUCUGGAAUAUGUUUAAAGAGGACAGUUCACAAUACAAAAAGUUACAUAGAACUUUACAUCUUAAUUUUCUUGUCAAUUUAAAUACAAUGUACAAGAAAUUUAUUUUGUUAUUGUGAAAAAACUAAAUGUAAAUGAAAUCAUCUUCCUCCAUGCAGGUGUAUAAUCUUGAAAAGGAAAAUUGCUUCCAUGUUGAAGCCAGAUUUUCUUUAGUAAAACUUUUAAACAUUAUUUUAAAAGAAAUGUGUAUAUAAAUAUCUAUAUAUUCUUUAGAAUGACACUAAAGUCUCUGGUCUAGGACCAUACCUUGUAUAAGGUGUGAGAGACCACGACAGUGUCUGAAAAUGGAAUAAAUGAUGAUGUCUUUGAUUUAAAGUGGCCCACAUAAUAUAUGUUGAGUACUCCAUCUCUCCAAAUACAUUUCCAUAAUGUGCUGAAAACAUGUUAACAUUUGUAUAAUUUUUAUACUUCUGCCAAAUAUAUGAACUGUCUUUGUUUCUUGCAAAAGAGUCGGGUACAACUUGGGCAGGCCUGUGAAGUGCAUAGGGAGUGUAUGUCUUCUGAACUGCUUCAUCGUUCCUGUAAUCUAACUUAAAGAAAUGCUAACAGGGAGGGUGCUGAGGCCACUGCAUUAAUUUUGUGUGCUUGUUUAGAAUUCUGCUGUUAUGAAAAAAAAGUAAUGAGUAAAUUAACCAAGUAUGUUAUUUUGGAAUUUAAAGUUCUAAAAUUAGUAUGAAGAGUAUAUAGAUUAUUAAUCCCUACCAACUAGACUUUGAACUUAAAUGAAAUUUAAAGAUUUUGGAAAUCAUUUAUGUCACUUACUAGACAUGACUUUUAGUUCUGUUUGAUUAUAUUUUCUACAUAAACUCAUUUAACAGGAUAGCCUUCUAAAUUAAAUAAGUUUCAUAUUUCAUUUAACUUAUUUGUUAAAGCUGUUUUCUAAAACAUUUGAGUUUUUCCCCGAUUCACUGGCAUAUGCAUUUGUAAAUUGUGAUAUCAUUGUGACCAUAUUUAAAUUUGACUUGGCAACAUUAAUGUCCUAAAACUCAAUGCAGAGAAGCAUGGCAAUACAUUCUUUAACUUCAGGAUGGCAUAAAUUAAACAUUCUUUGAAUCUGUGUAGUGAAGCUUGAAAGCAGGGAGAAAGAAAAUCUCAUUUUUCCCCUUUUUUGUGUUUGUCUAUAGGAGCUGAUUUGGGAUUUUUUGUUUUGUGGGGUUUUUUUAAAAUGUAAAUUGAUAAUAUUUUAUAAAGUAAAUAGAAGCAUUAUUGGGUGCCUUUGUUUGUAAACCAAAAAGUAAUAAAUGAAUCCCUAUAUUUCCAUUAUAGUAUUUAUUGUAUUUUUAUGUUCUGGGAAUGAUUCAUGAGAUAAUGUGCUUAGGAUUACAGGAGACAGCCCUUAUACUUUUUGUCUUUUUUAAGAUGUACUCAUUAAUUCUUCUACCCUAAUUUUAUUUAAUUCCGAGUCACUCACACAACAUUUUAGAGGAAGCAUACAGGCGGGAGGAACACUUUUUGUUAAAGUAUUAUUCUUAUGUAUUAGUUGGAAUGAGGUGCGUUUUUUCUGUCUUCUAAAAACAGCACCAAGAGACCACCAGAGUGUCAUUAGGCUCCAGCUGCUCUCCUCCGCAUUGAAUGAUAUAUUAUUAAUUUAUAGGUACAUUUGUAGUCCGAUGUCUGUUGAAUAAGUAUAAGGGAUCAUUCACUAGUAAUAGAAAUUAACUGAACCUUUUGGGGGAGGUGGGGGAGAGCGUCAAGGCUGGGGUGCCGGUAAGUGUAAAUGGCUUCUAAGCAUGCUCUUCUAGGCUGGCUCCCAGCACUGACUUGAAACUGUUAGCACUGACUUGCUCUGUUUUGAGAAAACUUUCUAACUUUUUGCAUGAGUAACCAGAAAAGGAAUGUAUGCCACGUAACUUAAUACAGAAAUGAGUUAAUUAAAUUAACAGUCUCUGUGAUAAAAGAUAUAUGAAAUAUUUUCUUAUUGAAUUAAUAUUUUUGUCUUGAAGCAUUUUCUAGUGACAGAAUGUAUUUGUCUUUUCUCAUGGUGGUACCCUCCUAGCAUACAUCUUUGCUACCCUUAAGAUUCCUAAACAGAUCAUCUUUGUCUGUUAAAUGUAGUUGUGCAAAAUUGUUAAGUAAUUCCUUUGAGUUUUCUUUAUUAAAGAAAAAUUUGAGUAACAUUAA